CGUCUCCUCAAAAUAUGGCUUUGGUAGGGUUAGGGUAUUACGUGGUUUUGCGUCUUCUGCUAAUCGGAUCGGUUGACAAGAUUUUGUAAAAGUUUUAGAACAGUUUAUACGAUUAGUUCACAUUAAUGCGCCACAACAGACGUAAUUUGUAUAUCAAAUUUUCACAUAAUUUACAAUAAGUUUUCGUGAGAGGCGUGAGAACAAUGUUUUUCAAGAAGAUCUUGAUGCCCUGCGGGCUAUGCGCGGUGCCCGUGAUAAAACCAGCAGCAAGUCAGUCGGACGACGGGAUGCCUAGCAAGCCAGGAGUCAAGAGGCUGGUUCGACCAUCCGAACUGCCUAUCUAUUCCCUUGACGAUUACUCUGAGCAGACCUCAUGCACGCGGUGUCCACCUUCGGCCCUCGAGCAGAACGUAUCCAAAAUUCGCAAGUCGAUUGAAGCAGCCAUGUCGGAGUAUCACCAUUACGCUGACGUUGUCUCGGACACCAUUGACGUCGGUGUCGAACACAGCAGAUCGCUCUUAGACUAUCUGCGUGAGGAAAGUAACGUUAUGCCACGAAUGGGCGCUAUCGCGAUCGGUGGAAUGGCCGGAUUGGUGCUCGGACUUCGAGGACGCAAAUUCAAGCGAUUAAUGUAUUUCAGCGCGGGCGCGCUUGGCAUGGCGGCUAUCUGUUACCCCAAGAAGGCGGAGGAGGGAUUUGAUGUGGUUAAGCAUUACGUGAACGUCGGCUACAAUUUUGUUUACGGUGUCAAACCGGGUGACAAUCGACAGCUGCAAAUCACAUUGCCGGAAAUGCCGAAAAUGCCAACAUCUUUUUCGGAAUUUGUAGAUUUAACGAUUGUCACAGGUUCAGCAGUGGCCACUGCUGUUGGUAGUUUUACGCAGAACGCGUACACAUCUCUAAGCGGUAACAAGGAGCUUAUGCAAAUGUCGAUCAAGAUAGCGAAAAGCCUGUUCGGUCCGUAACAUUUCACAACACCGAAGAAAGGUCUGAACCGAUAGCUGAACCGUCACCCGCGCCUUUGGCAGAUACGAAUACAGGCACUUGAAGAAAUUGAUUUAG